AUGCUGAGUUCUAGCUUGACCACUGUGAGGAAUCUUUCUUUGAAGAAGAGGCUCUGCUUCCUGCUGAAACUUGUGUGCUUUGUCAGCUCAGUGUUCAUAUUUUGUGAAUUUUUAGUUUAUUAUGUGGUAAUUUUUCAAUGUCGAUGGCCAGAAGUGAAAGGUGGAGAUCACAGGGGUGAGAAAGAGACUUCAACUUCAGUCCUAAAGGCCAUCAUUUUAGCUGAUACUCACCUGCUUGGUGAAAUCAAAGGACAUUGGCUGGAUAAGCUAAGAAGGGAAUGGCAAAUGGAGAGAUCUUUCCAAACUGCCUUGUGGUUACUGCAGCCAGAUAUUGUUUUUAUUCUGGGUGACGUCUUUGAUGAAGGAAAAUGGAGCUCACCUCAGGCCUGGGCAGAUGAUGUCAGGAGAUUUCAGAAGAUGUUCCAGUGUCCAGUCUCCACUGAGCUCGUGGUGGUUGUUGGGAACCAUGACAUCGGAUUCCAUUAUGAGAUGACUGCUUACAAGGUAAAUCGGUUUGAAAAGGUUUUCAACUUCACUUCAGGGAAGCUGAUAACUCGAAAAGGAAUAAACUUUGUCCUGGUGAACAGUGUAGCUAUGGAAGGUGAUGGCUGUGCUCUCUGCCAGGCCUCAGAGGCAAAGCUGGUGGAACUUUCUCACCAGCUGAAUUGCUCCCAGCAGAAACCGAACCAUUCCCACAAGAGAUGCAGCAAUGUGGAAAAGCUUCCAGCUUCAGAACCCAUCCUUUUACAGCAUUACCCUCUCUAUCGGAAAAGUGAUGCUAAGUGCAGUGGAGAAGAUUCUGCUCCUCCAGAGGAGAAGAUGAUCCCAUUUAAAGAGAAGUAUGAUGUGCUGUCUCAAGAAGCAUCACAAAAGCUGAUGUGGUGGUUUCACCCCCGUUUGGUCCUCAGUGGGCACACGCACAGCGGCUGUGAAGUGCUGCAUGCGGGGAAGAUCCCGGAGGUGAGCGUGCCGUCGUUCAGCUGGAGGAACAGAAACAACCCUAGCUUCAUCAUGGGCAGCAUGACGCCAACUGACUUCUCCCUACAAAAAUGCUUCCUUCCAUAUGAGAGCAGAGUCUUUACUACGUACUGUGCAGCAGGUGCCCUGCUUGUCAUCCUGGUACUAGCUCAUUUUCAGCUUCUCUCUCCACCAUUUUAUUUUGCUCAGCAUUUGAUCAGUAAGCAUAAAGCAGUAUGAGGAGCCAAACAUCUGCAUUCAGUCACUGAAAUACCAAAGCUGAGAACAGUCAAACAUCAGACUAUAUUCAUGCCAGCAAAUGACCUAAUUGGAUUGCUAGUCUGAAGGCAGGUUGCAUUUACACAUACUAUAGAAGUCCUACA